CGCCUUCGAAGGUGUUUGGCUUUCCUUCACGCGGACGCACGUCAACAUUAAAAUCACCGUCUUCGAAGCGAUGGAACCAAUCUCGGCACGUUGUUUCACUUAAAGCAGCAUCUCCAUAAACUUUUUGUAGCUUUCGAUACGCUUCAGUCGCCGUUUUUUCCGAAUGAAAGAGGAAAAUCAACACUUCCCGCAAAUGAGGAUUGUUCGGCACAAAAUCAAAUAUUUUCACAAAACCAAAAGUAUUUGAUACCAAAACAAAAUCACUAAUGUGUCAAAACAGUUUAUUUACCAUAUGUCUAAGCUUGGUUUAUGACGUUUAUGUUAUGUCAAAAUCGACUAGCACACACUGUUGGCGACAUCUAUUGACAAACAGCGGGAACUUAGCUGCGCACCUAAUAAUUCUAGGGUUAACCUUUGCCUAUUGAUUAUGCCAGGCUCUUCUCGGACCGAUCGUGAUCUUUGGCGCCCUGGGCUUAAGUCAAGGGCUGAAAAAUCCCGGGCCUAACACAUAAAUGGCUCUAGUUUUAUUUCAUUCGCCUAUUUUUCAUUUAGUACCAACCUUAAAAAGACAGCUGUUAAAACUUCAUGAUAUUCUAUUCAUUAAAUCUGCUGGUUCUGACGAUAUUUUGCCUGUGAUGCUUCAGGAAAAAACUACCUUGGUGGUUGUCGUCCUGCAAAAAAUCUACAUGGCGUUUAUCGCUCCUAAUCACGUCCCCGCCAAUUGGAAGAAAACGAGGGUUGUUUUCAUACCCAAGGCAGGUAGGAGGGGUCACGACUAGGCUAGGGACCUUUGGUCUAUAAGUCUUACCUCAUUUAUCCGAAAGGUGUUUGAAAGAUUAAUCCAUAGUAUAGAGGUGGAAGGACCUAUUUGUCUCUGGAUCUCGUAUCCGCUUGGCUGCAGGGAAGUUAAUGUGGUGGCAAGAUUGGUUAAAGUCACUAGAUUCGUGCACAGGGCGACGCCGCAGGGGUGUGGCCUUUCGCCCCUACUUUGGCCAGUAGCUAUGGACGAGGUUCUGAAAAUGUGAAAUAAGGGUGGGGUUAAGGUAGUAGCAUACGCCGAUGGCUUGGUCCAAACGGUAUGGGGACUGUUUCCCUUAGUCGUGGUUACAUUUUGUACUCAAUCGCUGGGCUGCCGUUUGCGAACUCCGAGUGAACUCUGACAAAACGGAGCUAGCGCUAUUUACCAGAAAAUAUAAACCUCCACACUUGGGACUUCCCAAAUUACACAACAACGUUCUCCCGGUUUUAUCGGAAGUUAGUUAUCUUGGAGGAUACUUGACCCCAAACUCUAUUGAAAGCUACACAUCGAAAAUCGGGUAAAGGAAGCCAGUAUAACUUUCUAUUCCUGCAAACCUAUAUUCAGCAAAAAGUGGAGAUACAACUCACAGGUUGUACUGUGGAUGUGCAAUGUAGUGGUUCUGCCAAUUUUAGCGUAUGGAUGCCUGGUUUGGUGGGAAGCUCUACGGAACGGCUAUAAAAUCACUAAACUGGGGAGAAUGCAAAGGAAUGUAUGUAUUGGCACCACUGGACCAUGUAAGACUUGCCCCAGUGCUUCCUUGAAUGUCGUUUUUCACUUGCUUUCCAUCGACUUUUAUGUUACUUCCAUCGCAGCUCAAAGUGCAAUCAGGUUAAAGGAAGUUGGCCUCAGGGGGCAAGCUCUCAUGGGACAUGGUAGCAUUUCUGGGCAGUUAACAUCGUAUUUCUCUGAACUUCGGAUAGAUUUCUCUAUCCGUAAACGGGACUUUGAGGCUCGGGCAACCUUUCCAAGUAGGCAGGAUUGGACCGAGGGGAAAAUAGGCACCGAAGCUUUCACCUAUGUCUUCACUGACGGCUCUAAGAUGCAAUCGGGAGUCGGAGCAGGGGUUUUCUCUAAAUCAGCCAACUCCUUUAAACUGCUGAAUGCCUAGGGAAUGUGGGAGCGAGGGAGAUGUUAAGAUUUUCUCCGGUAGUCAAGCCGCGCUCAAGGCUCUGAUGACGCCAUGGUGCAGAACGAAACUAGUAAACUCCUGUAAGAAAGGUAGCAAAUCUCUUCGGUGUGCAGGUAACAUAUCUCUGAUCUGGGUUCCAGGACGUAGGAACAUAGAGACGCUAUUAGAAUAUUUCUGAAAAGUAGACUGUUGAGCACUUUCUCUGCAAAUGUCCGGCUCUGGUUGGCUGUAGAUAUAUGUCUCAUAAUUGUAUCAAAACGGCGCUUUAGUGCUACUUAGGGAGUGCCAGAGUGGUCAUUCAACCGUUUCACCUACCUACAUACCUUCAUUAGCUCGUGAGUUAUUGUGAUAAGAGUAACGUUACUUUUCAAAACAAUUGAUCGAAAAUAAUUUCGUGUGUGAAUCUAACAGAGAUUCUUGAUGGGAAAAAUACCGUUCACGGCGCUUUAGUGCUACUUGGGGAGAGCCAGAGUGGUUCUUCAACCAUUUCAUCUACCUCCCUUCAUUAGUUCAUGAGUUAUUAUGCUAAGAACAACGCUUCUUUUCAAAACAAUUGAUCGAAAAGAAUUUCGUGUGUUAAUUUUACAAUGAUUCUUGAUGGGGAAAAUUACCGUUCAAGUAAAGCAAUGGCUUGAAAAGUGUUAUGAGGACUCGGCUCAAUUAGAAGCAACAAUAAAACGUUUGUUUGCUUCCUUCAAACGUGGUCGUAGGGACACCGAUGAUGCAAAACGCAGUGGACGUACAAAUGAGGCGGUAACGCCAGAAAAAAUAAAAAAAUCCACAAAAUCGUUUAGAAUGAUCAAAAGGGCAUGUUGACUUUAUGUUGCAUGAGCAUUUGACUAACGAGGGUGCCGCGUUUGCUCACUAAUUUCGACCAAAACCAAGAACGUGUUGAUGAUGGCAAAACUAUGGCAGAACUAUGGCAGAACUAACUGAAUUGAUCUUCCAAUUGCUCCUACAUCUACCGUAUUCGCCAGCGACUACUGGCUGUUCGCAGACCUAAAAAAUGCUCGCCGGUAAGAGAUUUUGCUCGAGGUUAGCGCUGAGACGCUGAAAUGAGGUUGCCAAAGGCGCUGUUUACAGACAAUUCGAACAAGAAAACAUCAUACUGAAACCUUUAAAUACGGUAUACAAAGACAUCGGUGCGGGCAUGAAAAUACGGAUAGAUAGGAGGUGGAAUAAUCUAGCCACUUGCAAAACCGCGAAAAUCAUAUGUACACAGAGUACAGAUAAAUACGUCCGAUUCGUACUAGCUCUGUCUAGAAAAGAAAGCAGAACUAUCGUAGGUAUGCUGACAAGCCACAAUUUGCUAGCAGCGCACGCAUACAAGAUAGGAAUUACAAACAACGAUUGCUGCAGAUUUUGCAAUGAACUAGAAGAGAGGGAAACGCUAGAACACCUUCUAUGUUCUUGCCCUGCAUUACCGAGGACCAGAUUAAAAUGCUUAGGAGCUUUACAAUAUGAGAAGUUAGGAAACUUCUUGGGGAUAGUGCUCCAAAAUUUACUUAGAUUCGCAAAAGACGCAGACGUAUUAUAAGAUGUCUUCUACAAAGAAACGUGAGGGCCUAGCUCCAUCUGGCAACACUAGGGAUCAAUAGGUCUAUGUGAUGGCUUCCCGCCAGCCAGGUCAACCUAACCUAACCUAUCUCUGAGACAGAGGCCUAUUUUGAGGCAAAAGAUAAAUCAUUCUACAUAUAAAAGUGGUAUUGAAAUGUUAGAGCGGAGCUGGAAUGAUCGCGUUGUUCUUGAUGAAAAUAACGUUGAUGAAUAAAGCUGAUUUUGAUGAACGAGUUUUCUUUUUUAGGCCCGGGACUUUUCAGCCCAGGUGCUAGAUACCAAAAUCAGGGUUUACUUGUAAUUGUUUAUUACGCAUGUUUUGCAAAUCGUUUUCGGGCAAUAAUUUCGCAUUUUCCGUUUUCAAAUUUUUUUCAAAGUUUUUCGAACAUCAGCAAAUCGUUUUGUCACCCUGUUCUGGAAACCGAAAUCGUUAAAAUUUUCCAGUUAAAUUUUCGGCAACUUAAACGUUAGCGGUUUGUGGCAUUCUUAUAAACUAAAAUUUAUCAAAAUGGGAAAACACAAGAACUCCAAGCAAGAGCUAAUUUUAGUCGAGUUUAUGGAAUCUCAUCCAGAUUUGGCGAAGAAUUUUUCGAAGGGCGACAGAGUUGCUGUUGAGGAAAAGUGGAAAGAGCUAACGACGCUGCUAAAUGCAAAAGAGCUGCCCCAAAAAGAUUUUAACGGAUGGAAAAAAAUAUGGUCUGACUGGAAGUGGUGCAUUCGGAAAAAGGUUACCCAUAACAAUCUAGAAUCGAGGGCAACAGGAGGUGGCCCCUUUAAUAAGCAUGUACUGACGAGCAACGAAGAAUGUAUUGCAAGAACUUGUGGAAUUUUUGCAGCCAUUGAGGGCAAAAACCAUUCUAAAAGCUUUGAGACAGAAGAAAAUAAUAGCGCUAUCGAAUCUGAGGAAGAACGUCCCCAAACAAGUAGGGAAGCGGUGGCUACCCCGAGAGCUGCAAAAAGGCCACGAGUGUCAACGCAGGACAGCCUUCAGACGUGUAUAGCAACGCAAUCUACUUGUAUGGAGAAAAUAUCCACCACUUUAGAUAACAUUUGCGAAAACCAACACAAGAUUGCAAAAUCGCAGGAAGAUGAAAGGGAAGAGAUUCGACGACUUUGUCGUGCUGUUGAGAAACAAAAUGAAUUGCUGGCAGAGCAAAAUCGCUUAAAAACUCAAAGUAUAGAGCAAAAGCAUAGACAUUACCUCAAAAUGGAGCAGUUACAACAUGAAACAGUUAAAAUUAAAAUUAAAAUGCUUGAGAUAGAGACUAAAAAAUGAAUAUAAAAGAAUC